GAGGCGGAAGUCGCUCCUUGCGGAGAUGGGGACCCCCUUGGUGGCCAGUCGGGGCCGGCGCUUCAAGUGGGCCAUCGAGCUGGGCGGCCCGGGCAGCGGGGGCAGGGGCCGCAACGACCGGGGCAGCGGCCAAGGUGAAUCCCUCUAUCCCGUGGGCUAUUCAGACAAGCAGGUCCCUGACACCAGCGUCCAGGAGACCGACCGUAUCCUGGUGGAGAAGCGGUGCUGGGACGUGGCACUGGGGCCGCUGAAGCAGAUCCCCAUGAACCUCUUCAUCAUGUACAUGGCUGGGAACACCAUCUCCAUCUUCCCCACCAUGAUGGUGUGUAUGAUGGCCUGGCGCCCCCUGCAGGCCCUCAUGGCCAUCUCUGCCACCUUCAAGCUGCUGGAGAGCUCCAGCCAGAAGUUCCUGCAGGGGCUGGUGUAUCUGAUCGGGAACCUGCUGGGGCUGGCACUGGCUGUCUACAAGUGCCAGUCCAUGGGGCUGCUGCCCACCCACGCCUCUGACUGGCUGGCCUUCAUCGAGCCCCCUGAGCGGAUGGAGUACACAGGCGGGGGGCUGCUGCUGUGACCCAUAACAGCCCUUGCCUCUGGAGUGAUCGCAGGCCUUCCAGGAGGACCUGGAAUUUCCACCCCUCCUGCUGGGCUUUGAGCCCCACCAUCCUCUCCAAGCCUCCCCCUCCCCCAGGGGGAGGGGCAGAUAAAGCUGCUAUGCAGAGGUGGCUCCACUGCCUCCUGUGGUGGGGUGGGAGGCAGAGUGCAUCCAACAAGCACACGCUGGAUUUUCCCUUCCAUGUGCAAGCACCAGCCCUUGUGCUCUCUCCCCCGUCCCCACAGUUACACUUAAUGUACAAAAUUUUAUUCUUUACACAGUUCUAGUACAGAGCAAAAAAAAUCCCUCCUCACCCCCCAACACUGUAAAGUGGGGCUUGACCCCCAAUAAAUUAAAAGCCCCCCUCCCCACAAAGAUCAAGUAGUGGCUGCCAGGCCCUGCCUUCCAACUGAAACUGUAGGGGGAGAGGAUUUGCCUGUUUCAAAGCUGCCCUGGGGGCCAGGGACUCCAGCAACUGCCUGUCCAGCCUGCCAUGAUUAAUGCUGAGAGACAACAGCAGCCCAGGGAGGGGGAGAAGGGGACAGUGGGGACCUCAUGUCCCUGCCCUCUCUUGAUCCAGCAACCCCACCCCCAGUUCAGCCCUAUGGCUAUGGGGCAGGAGUGAAUGUGAAAUAAAAAGUUAAGCCACA